AUGGGAGACAAUAUACCUGGAGGAAUAGUAGCUGCUGCAAAGAACCGUCUGCAGGUGGUCAAGGGCUUGGAGGAUGUGGAGGUGUCCGAGUGUGAGAUCUGCUCCUUUGAAGUGAACCUCAACCUAGCCUAUAUCGAGGGUCUGUGGACCAGAGAUGGGAUGCCGCUUAAGUCCAAGCCCAACUGUCGCAUCAGCACGCAUGGGAAGAAACACUCCCUCCUACUGAACAGGGUGGCUCUGGGAGAUGCAGGCUUGUUCUCUUUUCAGGCCAACGGCAUUCAGACCUCAGGCAGACUCAGUGUCACAGCUAGGGACAUCCACAUAGUGAAGGAGCUGGAGGAUGUUGACACGAUGGAGCGUCAACCCGUGAACUUCCUGUGUGAGGUUAACCAGGUGGAUUUGGAUGGCCGGUGGUACAGAGAUGAUGGCCGAAUUCGACCUGGAGACAAUAUCAAGAUCAGACAACAGGGUAAAACUCACAGCCUGUUCUUCAAGUCAGUGAGGCCACAGCAUGCUGGAGAGAUCAAAUUCACUGCAGAGCGUGUCUCAUCCUACGCAACUCUCACAGUGAAAGAGCUCCCAGUCCAAAUAGUGCGUCCUCUAAGGGUCAAGAUAGCUAUGUAUCGCCACCGGGGUCUGCUGGAGUGCCAGGUGUCACGGCCUAAUGCUCAGGUCAGGUGGUACAAGAACAGGAAGGAGCUCCUGCCCAGUAAGAAGUACCAACUGAUCAGCCAAGAUGUCUACAGGCAGCUGACCAUCGAUGACAUCUGCUCUUCAGAUGAGGACACCUACACCUGUGAUGCAGGAGAUGACAACACCUCUUGUCAGCUUCUGGUGGAGGAGCAGGCUAUCAAAAUAGUGCGAGGGAUGAGCUCACUGGAGGUGAUGGAGCCAGAGCCAGCGCUGUUCCAGGUUGAGACCAGCCUGAAAUCAGGAAGGCCUCCACGCUGGACCCUGAACGGUGAGGUGCUGGAGCCUUGUGCAGCGGUGAACAUGAACAGGGAGGGCACCCUCCACAGCCUCUGUCUCACCUCCACGGAAAGCUCCAUGUCCGGGCCCAUGGUCUUUGUAGCUGGCAAGAGUCGUUCCACUGCUCAGCUUACUGUCAAAGAGCGACCUCUUCGGGUUGCCCACCACUUGGAUGAUGUGCAGGCGAAGGAGAACAGCUCUGUGACUCUGAGCUGUGCGUUUGCCCCCUCUCCCAGAGUGGUGCGGUGGUUUAAAGGCCGUACGACUCUGAAGACCUCGAACAAGUACAGCAUGAAAAGGGAAGGGAAACGAGCACAGCUGACCAUUCAUGGCUUGGUAGGGAUGGAUGCGGGGCAGUACCGCUGCAUGGCUGGGGGUUCACAGAGCACGGCACAUGUUGAGGUUGAAGUGCGAAUGCUGAAAUUGGUCAAACACCUUGAGCCAAAGGAAGUUGAGGAGGAUGGCAUUGCCACAUUUUCAUGUGAGCUCAACUAUGUGGUCGCCAACGUGGAGUGGCUCCUCAACAAUGUUCGCCUCUAUUGCAACGCCAUCAACAGGAUCCAGCACAUGGGCACGAUGCACAGUCUCACGAUCAAGAAGCUGCGGCCACAGCAGAGCAGGGUCACCUUCAAAACAGGACUUCUCUCUGAGACAACCACUUUAAAUGUCAAAGAGCGCCCAGCAGUGUUCCUGAGAUCUCUGGAGGAUGCAGUAGGGGAAGAGCAAGGGAAUGUCUGCCUGCAGUGUGAAAUUUCCAAAGAGACGGUGACCCCUGUUUGGAAGAAGGAUGGUAUGGUCCUGACCGCUGAUGAUAAACACGAGUUACUCCAGUUUGGGAAGUCCAUGGCACUGAUCGUCCAUUCCCUGAGCAAGGAUGACGCUGGACAGUACACCUGUGACCUGGGCACCAGCCAAACAAAGGCCAAAGUUUCUGUACAUGACUUACACAUCACUAUUUUGCAACGUAUGAAGACAACAUCUGUUCUCGAAGGCGAAAACUGCACUUUUGAUUGUCACCUCUCUCAUGACGUCGAUGAUGAGCCUUCCUGGAUUAUCAAUGGCCAGAUGGCGGUCACCAAUAGCCGUAUUCAAGUUAUCAACAAUGGCCGUAACUAUAAGAUGACCAUUAGAGAUGCUGUCCUGACCGAUGCUGGAGACGUGGUCUUCACAAUUAAAGACCUAAGUUGUAGGACCAUGCUCUUUGUUAAAGAGAAGCCAGUGCACAUCUUCAGGGAGCUAUUGAAUGUCAAGGCGGUCCCGGGCGAGGACGCAGAGCUGAGCUGUGAGAUCACCAAACCAGAAGUCGUCAUCCGUUGGCUGAAAAAUGGCCACUUGAUCAAAGAGAGCCCCAAGUAUGAGAUGAGUGUGGAGAAGAACCUGGCACGAUUGGUCAUCAAGAAUACCAUCAUCAGAGACUCUGGAGAGUACUGCUGUGAGGCCGAUGGCGUUGCCUCGCGUGCCAAGCUGGAUAUUAGAGAACUCCAGCACACAUUUGCAAUCGAGUUAAGGGACAUGCGAGCAGAGGAAAAGGGUAAAGUGACCCUGGAGUGUGAAACCAGGCGGCCAGCCAAGCGAGUGACCUGGCUGAAGGGCAUGGUGGAGCUGAGGUCUGGUAGGAAGUAUGUCAUCAGGCAGAAGGGCGUGGUGCUGUCCCUGACCAUCACCUGUCUGGACAAAUCAGACACAGAUGUUUACACGUGUGAUGUCGUUACCAUGCAGAGCCGGGCCCAGCUGACUGUGCAGGGUGAGAAGGUGUUGAUCCUGGAUGAAUUGGAGGAUGUUGAGUGUCUAGAAGGCGACACGGUCACAUUCAGGUGUCGAAUUUGUCCCAGUGACUACAUCGGAAUCAAGUGGUAUCUGGACGAGACUCUGCUGUACACCAAUGAGCUCAAUGAGAUCCAGAUGGUGCCCGGAGGCUACCACACCCUCACAUUUAGACAGCUUGCUCGCAAAGACACCGGCACUAUCUCGUUUGCAGCAGGGGACAAAAGAUCGUAUGCCUCACUGCUGGUUAGAGAGAGGCGUCCCACCAUCACUAAAGCCCUGGAAGACUGUGAGGCUUUUGAAGGAGGCGGUUUGGUUUUGUCUUGUUUGGCCUCCAAGCCAUGUCACAUCCUGUGGUACAAAGAUGGCUGCCUGAUGUGGAACUCCUCAAGGUACUUUGCCAGUCGUUCUGGCUGUGAGGCCCGGCUGACAAUUCGGGAGGUCUGUAACAACGAUGCCGGAGUGUACGAGUGCAGUGCUGGAUCUGUUACAACUAGGGCUGUUGUAACUGUCAAAGCCAUCCCAGCAGAGUUCACCCAGUCUUUAAAGUCUGUGGAGGCCAAAGAGGGGGAAACCAUGACCCUGACCUGUGAAUACUCCCUGCCUGGGGUCCAGGUCCACUGGAAGAGAGGUUUUGAAACUAUUCCCAUCACAUUCAUACAGCAGUUAAAGAACAUGCAAGCAGAGGAGGGAAGCAAUGUCCUACUGCGCUGUGAGCUGUCGAAACCUGGAAUACCAGUGGAGUGGAGUAAGGGACACGAGCUGUUGAAGAAUGGAGUUAAAUACCAGAUCAGGAAAAGAGAGAUCACCCUGGAGCUUCUGAUCUGGAAGCCUGUUUCUGAGGACAGUGGGGUGUACAGCUGCCAGUGUGCUGAUCAGGUGACAUCCGCCACUGUCAAAAUCACUGCUCUCCCAAUAGCCUUCAAGCAGAAGCUGAGGAAUGUGCUGAUUGAGGAGGGCAACACCGCAGUGCUACGCUGUGAGCUGUCAAAGUCCGGUCACACCGUGGAGUGGAUGAAGAGCGGGACUGAACUCAUCAAGAGUGGAGAUAAAUAUCAUAUGAGACAGAGAGAAGUGCUAAUUGAACUGAGGAUAUUUGAUGUUAUGCCUGAGGACAGCGACAUCUACACAUGCAUCUGUGGAAGCAUAGAGACCACUGCAACGCUGACUGUUAAUGCUCUUCCCGUCACCUUCAAGCAAAAACUGAAGAACGUCCAAGUGGAGGAAGGACACGGCAUCUCGCUGGAUUGUGAGAUCUCUAAAGCGGGUGUCCCAGUGGAGUGGAGGCUUGGGGGAGAUCUGGUGGAGAACGGAGAGAAGUACCAGAUUAAGCAGAGGGGCUCGGCACUCGAGUUGAUCAUCAGAGACGCUGAACCAGAGGACAGCGGGGUCUACACCUCUGUUCCCGCCACAUUUAAAGUAAGUCUGAAGAGCCUGGAGGCUGAAGAAGGGAACAGUGUGACUUUACGCUGUGAGCUGUCAAAGAAGGGAGUCCCGGUGCAGUGGCAGAGAGACACUGAGCUGAUAUCUGAGCAGAUAUAUCGGGGGAAGUAUCAGAUGAAGCUAGAAGGAAAGACAGCGCAGAUGACCAUUCUCAACGUCCAGCCAGAAGAUGCAGGGAAGUACAGCUGCAUCACAGGAGAUCAGAAAACCACCGCUGAAGUCAAAGUGAAAUCACUGCCUGUGACAUUCAAACGAGAGAUCCAGCGCCUGGAGGUGAAGGAAGGGGACAGUGGAGUUUUCUGCUGUGAGCUCUCCAAACCCGGAGCUCCAGUGGAGUGGAGGAAAGGCAGGGCGAUCCUAAAGCCUGGAGACAAAUACCAGAUGAAGCAGGAGGGACCUUUCACCAAACUUAUCAUCAACAACACUGAGGAGAGCGAUGCUGGCAAAUACAUCUGCAAGACUAAAGACAGCCAGUCGACUGCUGAGCUCACUGUCCAAGAUUUACCAGCACGUUUUAAGAUGCCACUAGUUAACCAGGACGUGACGGAGGGCAACAGUAUGGUUCUGCGCUGUGAACUCAACAAACCUGCCCCUUCGGUGGAGUGGAGGAGAGGAGGAGAGCUGCUGAAAAAUGGAGACAAAUAUCAGAUGAGGAAGAAGGACCUGCAGGUGGAGAUGAAGGUUGCGGACCUUAGUCUGGAUGAUGCUGGAGAUUACACCUGUAUAUGUGGAGAAGAAAGCACAAAAGCUAGGAUCAUUGUGAAUGAGCGGCCCAUCAAAUUCCUUCAAGAACUGAGGAAUGUCCAGGUGCAGGAAGGCAACGGAGUAACACUGUGCUGUGAGCUCUCCAAACCUGGCACUCCAGUGCAGUGGAAGAAGGAAGACAACGCGUUGACCAACGGAGAGAAAUACCAGAUGAAGCAGAGUGGCUCCACCUUGGAGUUCCUCAUCAGAAAAAGCCAGCCCGAAGACAGUGGCACAUACAGCUGUGUCUGUGAUGACAUAACAACUACGGCCACCAUCAUCAUCACUGCAAUCCCGGUAACGUUCAAGCAAAAGUUGAAGAACCAGGAAGCUGUUGAGGAGGGCAGUGUGACACUGCGCUGUGAGCUUUCUAAACCCGGAGUCCCAGUGGAGUGGAGGAAAGAUGCUCAACUUCUGACGGAGGGAGACAAAUAUCAGAUGAAACAGGAGGGCAGGAUGGCAGAGUUGCUGAUCAGAAAUUUGACUCUCACAGAUUUGGGGGAGUAUAGCUGUUUUGUUGGCACUGUUGUGACUUCAGCUGACAUCAAAGUAAGAGCAAUUCCUGUAACAUUUAAACAAGAGGUGGAGAAUUUGGAGGUGAAGGAAGGGAACAGUGGAGUUUUCUGCUGUGAGCUCUCCAAACCUGGAGCUCCAGUGGACUGGAGAAAAGGCAGAGUCAUCCUCAAACCUGGAUACAAAUACGAGAUGAAACAGGAGGGACGUCUCACUAAACUUAUCAUCAACAACACUGAGGAGAGUGAUGCUGGGAAAUACACCUGCAAGACCAAAGACACCCAAUCCACUGCUGAGCUCACCGUCAAAGCUCCUCCCAUCACAUUCAAGACAAAGUUAAGGAACCAGCAGGUGGAGGAGGAGAACAGCGUGACGUUGAACUGUGAGCUGUCGAAGCCCGGCCUUGCUGUGGAGUGGAGGAAAGGACAAGAAGUGCUGAAGAAUAACUUUAAGUACCAGAUUAAAAAUCGAAACAGCACCAUGGAGCUGACCAUCAAAAACGCACAGCUGGAAGACAGCGGACUUUACAGCUGUGUCUACGGGGACGUCAAGACCACAGCCAACAUCACCAUUACACCUAUCCCCCUCACCUUUAAAAUGGGUCUGAAGAACCAGGAGGCCCCCGAAGGAGGCAACGUGUCCCUCCGCUGUGAGCUGUCCAGGGCCGGGGUUCCUGUGCAGUGGUGGAAAGCGGAGGACCAGCUCCAUCAUGGGGGAAGAUAUCAGAUGACACUGAAGGGGAAGACAGCUGAGAUGAACAUCAAAAACAUCCAGCCCGAGGAUGUCGGGGAGUACAGCUGUGUAUUGGGAGAGCAGAAGACAACGGCUGAAGUCAACGUGAGAGCGGCAGCAUCAGUGUUCUUUGAAAAGGAGCUGGAAAGCCAAGCGGUGACGGAAGGGAAAUCUGUGCUGCUGUCUUGUGAAGUUUCCAGUGCUUCUGUUCCUGUCACUUGGAAGAAGGACAACACUGUGGUGGAAGAAGGGGGGCAGUACAUUUUAAAGAAGAAUGGCCCCACACACACACUAGAGAUCAAGAAACUUAAUUUGGAGGAUGCUGGAGAGUACUGCUGUAUCACCAGAGGCAAGAAGAGCACUGCCAAGCUGAUCGUGAGGGAGCGCGUGCGGAUUGUCACAGAGCUGCAAGGUAUAACCGUGACAGCGGGUGAGGAUGCCGUGUUUGUGUGUGAGCUGAGCCACGCAGACGUGAGUGAGGGCGUCUGGUGGCUCGGCUCCAGCCCUCUGCAGAAGAACGAGAUGAACCAGAUGACGUGGCAGGAUCGCCAUCACCGACUGGUCCUCACCAUGACAACACCUGAAGAGACGGGCAUUGUGGCAUUUGUGGUUGGGGAGGAGAGGACCUCUGCACGUCUGCUGGUUGUUCCGAAGGCCAAAGUUGUAUUUGAGGAGAAGCCUAAAGACACUGUGAUCAUGGAAGGAGAGACAGCCACUUUGUCCUGCACAAUCUCCGAUUUUACCUCGCCAGUUACGUGGAGGCUCAACCACAUCCCCCUCCAAAAUAGUGAUAAAUAUGAGAUACGCAAAGAGGGAAAAGUCAACCUAUUGCUCAUCCAUGAUGUGGAUCCCCUGGAUACUGGCACAUACUCCUGUGAUACAGGAGAUGUGCAGAGUAGUCUCAAACUUACUGUAACAGAGCUCCCACCAUUCUUCCAAGAAGAACUGCAAAGUGUGGAUGUCGAGGAGGGAGGUUCAGCCUCUCUGUACUGCGAGCUCUCUAAACUGGGAGUGCCGAUUCAAUGGAUGAAGAACAGGCUGCCACUAAGAGCCAGCAGGAAGUACGAGAUCAGGCAGGACGGCUGCCUCCUCCAGCUCAACAUCAAGGAGCUCAAACUGGAGGACAGUGACAAUUACACAUGUCAAGCAGGAAGCGCAGAGACCACUGCUACUGUGUCAGUGAAAGAGCUACCUCCAUUCUUCAAGAAAGAAUUAAGAAGUGUGGAGGCUGAGGAGGGAGGCACAGCCUCUCUGUGCUGCGAGCUGUCUAAAGCUGGAGUGUCGGUACAAUGGAAGAAGAACAGGCUGCCACUGAGAGCGAACAGGAAGUAUGAGAUGAAGCAGGACGGCUGCCUCCUCCAGCUCGACAUCAAUGAUCUCAAACCUGAGGACAGAGGCAGCUACACAUGUCAAGCAGAGAGUGCUGAGACCACUGCUACUGUGUCAGUAAAAGAGCUCCGAGCUUUUUUCAAAGAGGAAUUGCAUAACGUGAAUGCUAAAGAAGGAGGUACAGCCUCCCUGUGUUGUGAGCUGUCUAAGCCUGGUGUACCAGUACAAUGGAAUAAGAACAAGCUGCCACUGAGAGCCGGCAGGAAGUACGAGAUGAAACAGGAUGGCUGCCUCCUCCAGCUCCACAUCAAAGAACUCAAACCUGAAGACAGUGGAAGCUACUCAUGUCAAGCACAAAGAGCAGAGACCACUGCUACUGUGUCUGUAAAAGAACUCCCACCAUUUUUCAAAGAAGAAUUGCAGAACAUGAAGGUAGAGGAGGGAGGUACCGCCUCUCUGUACUGUGAGCUGUCCAAACCUGGCGUAUCUGUACAAUGGAGGAAGAACAGGGUCUCACUAACAGCCAGCAGGAAGUAUGACAUGAAGCAAGAUGGCUGCCUCCUCCAGCUCCACAUCAAUGAUCUCAAACCUGAGGACAGAGGCAGCUACACAUGUCAAGCAGAAAGUGCAGAGACCACUGCUACUGUGACAGUGAAAGAGCUCCCUCCAUUCUUUAAGAAAGACUUGGUAAAUGUGGAGGCUGAGGAGGGAGAUACAGCCUCUCUGUGCUGUGAGCUGUCUAAGCCUGGAGUACUAGUACAAUGGAGGAAGAACAAGCUGCCACUGAGAGCCAGCAGGAAGUAUGAGAUGAAACAAGAUGGCUGCCUCCUCCAGCUGCACAUCAAGGAUCUCAAACCCGAGGACAGAGGCAGCUACACAUGUCAAGCAGAGAGUGCAGAGACCACUUCAACUGUGACAGUGAAAGAGCUUAUGCUAUUCUUCAACAAAGAAUUACAAAGUGUGGAGGCUGAGGAGGGAGGCACAACCUCUCUGUGCUGCGAGCUGUCCAAAGCUGGAGUGUCGGUACAAUGGAAGAAGAACAGGCUGCCACUGAGUGCGAACAGGAAGUAUGAGAUGAAACAAGAUGGCUGCCUUCUCCAGCUCCACAUCAAGGAUCUCAUACCUGACGACAGCGGCAGCUACACAUGUCAAGCAGAGAGUACUGAGACCACUGCUACUGUGUCAGUGAAAGAGCUCCCACCACUCUUCAAGAAAGACUUAUUACAUGUAAAGGCUGAGGAGGGAGGUACAGUAUCUCUGUGCUGUGAGCUGUCUAAGACUGGAGUGUCGGUACAAUGGAAGAAGAACAAGCUGCCACUGAGAGCGAACAGGAAGUAUGAGAUGAAGCAAGAUGGCUGCCUCCUCCAGCUGCACAUCAAGGAUCUCGAACCUGAAGACAGUGGCAGCUACACUUGUCAAGCAGGACGUGCAGAGACCACUGCUACUGUGUCAGUGAACGAGCUCCCACCAUUCUUCAACAAAGAAUUACAAAGUGUGGAGGCUGAGGAGGGAGGCACAGCCUCUCUGUGCUGCGAUCUGUCCAAAGCUGGAGUGUCGGUACAAUGGAAGAAGAACAGGCUGCCACUGAGAGCGAACAGGAAGUAUGAGAUGAAGCAAGAUGGCUGCCUCCUCCAGCUGCACAUCAAGGAUCUCGAACCUGAAGACAGUGGCAGCUACACUUGUCAAGCAGGAAGUGCAGAGACCACUGCUACUGUGUCAGUGAACGAGCUACCACCAUUCUUCAAGGAAGACUUAGAAAGUGUGGAGGCUGAAGAGGGAGGUACAGCCUCUUUGUACUGUGAGGUGUCUAAGCCUGGAGUGUCAGUGCAAUGGAGGAAGAACAGGCUGCCACUGAGAGCCAGCAGGAAGUAUGAGAUGAAGCAGGAUGGCUGCCUCCAUCAGCUGCACAUCAAGGAGCUCAAACCUGAAGACAGUGACAGCUACACGUGUCAAGCAGGAAGUGCAGCGACCACUGCUACUGUGUCAGUGAAAGCGCUACAACCGACUCCACCAAAGGUAGAGCCUCCAACGAUACUGCCUCAGGCAAAGAGCACGGUUUCCAAACCAACUCCAACUCCAUUGGACCAGAAGCCUGAACUCCAAGAGCCCAAACCAGUUCCUCCAGAGCCAAAAAAGAGAGUGAAUAGGAAAGCAUCUAUUACAAGUUUAGAAAAAGAUGCAGAGCCAUUGUUUGACCAAAAGCAGGGCAUCCAACCUGCAAGGUCUACAGAGAAAUACUUUGAUGGUGCAAAGAACGAAAGCCCUAAGGAGAAAGACAAUGAGGUGGUCAAGAAAGUUGACAAGUCAAUAAGACUACUGGGGAAGGAGGAUGGGGUAGACAGGGAGGUGGAAGAGACAGCAAGGCCUUUGGAAACAGAGAAAGACGUUUUCAUGGAGAAGAGAAAACCAGGAAGGAAUUCAGAGAAAUUAGUCCAGGUUGAUCAUAAUACAAGUCAGUCAGACCGGGUUCAAGGAGACACUGUGUUUGAACUGACGACCAAAGAAAAUGAAGUUGAACAGAAACACGCAGGAAAGCCUUCAGAGAAAACAAGUGAAGUUGAGAGGAAGGAAAGCCAUCCAGGAAAAGUCCAGUGGAAGAACAGUGAGGAUGAGAAACAGCCUGUGAAACCAUCAGAAAGGUUUAUUGGGUAUACGACAACACAAGAAAAGAAGUCUACAGACAAGGAGGGCAAAGUAGAAGAAGAGGAACCUUUUAAACCACCAGUAAGGUCUAAAGUAAAGGUAACAAGGGUAAAUGAACCACCAAAGGAAAUUGAGGAGAUCAUUGUCCACUCAGUAAAGCCUACUGUAAAUUAUUCUGAAGGAGACCAUGUGGAAAUGCCUGUGUCCACAGAGUCAGAGAGAGAGAGGAAGCCACUAAAAGUAGUGCCAUCUGUAAAUAAUCAAUCAGUAGAACAACCUGUGAAGACGUUUGAGAAAGAGGCUGCAUUUGCUCCUCCAAAACCCCCUGUGAGGAUAAAAAGCAAAGCAAAGGGAGCAAUGGAAAAGCAAUCAUCAAGGGACACAGAGACAGAUCAAGAUGAUCAACAGAUGACAAGAGUUUUCGUGAAAACAAUGGAGGAUCAGACAAUUAAACAGUCAAUAGGGUCUUUGAAAAAGGAGGUUGAAGAAAAAACAAGAAUCCAGAGGAAACUAUCUGUAACAUCAGACACUGAAAUAAUUGAGAAAAUUAAGAAACCUGUGAAAGAGAAGGACACAAACACAAAACAGGCGAUCAAACAACCAGUAAAACCCAUGAGGAAAGAACCUGAACUGGAUCAGGAAAUGAAACGGGCAGUCGAGCCAAUGAGAGGGGAGAAAGAACAACAAACAACAAAGAUGACAGAAGACAUUCCUCUCCUCUACAUUACUGAAGAUGAAACCUUCUCAGAGGCUUUGACUAAGAUAACUGCAAACCACAGCAAUGCCCAGCCCCCUGCCUCUUCUGCUGAAGGGUUGACCCAAACCGCUACUCUUCCUCCAAUGAAUGUGCCCCAGAAGGUACAACCGCCCAAUGAAGCUACACCAGAGAUUGACAUCAGCGUUGAGGAUGAACCACAAAUGCAAGAGGCUGCAGUCAGGAUCCAAGCUGCCUUCAAAGGCUACAAAACCCGCAAAGACAUGCGACCUGUCUUUAAAGAGGUGUUUAAAAACCAAAGUGCAGAUCUUCAUGGUACAGUCACUCUAGUGUGUAUUGUAGAGGGGAAAUCCAGCACAGCACGCUGGCUAAGAAACGGCCAACAAAUCAUUAAUGACCAGCGAUGCCACAUUCAGACUACAGAGGAUGGUGUGUGCACACUGGUGAUCAGAGACCUGACCACCAUUGACAGUGGAGUCUAUACGUGUGAGGUGAUGAAUAAGUUUGGUAUGACAUCGUACAAUGGAAAUGUAACAGUAGCACAGCCUCAGAAGCCUACCCCGAUAGUCCAGAAGCCUUUACACCCGCCACUUGCAGCCAUAACCCCUCUGCAACUCAACCCGCGGCAGGCUGAAGCCCAGGCCAAAACACAGACUCAGGAUCUGCCUCAGACUCAUACCCAGAUACCCACUUCAGCUACAGAUUCUGCAAACUAUGUCGAAAGUGUGAGUGUCUCUCUGUGGGAGACCUACAACCUGACUGAGCCGGACACUCGGAUGUCAAGUCUGCAAGAGAGGCGAGGAUCCUCACUCAUUGCUGCCAGCUCCAUGUCGAGUCCCUCGGAUUAUGACACAGCUCCAGAUAUGAUGGAGCCUGAUGGAACUGGCCCAGCUGUACCAAGGGAAGGGAUAAAAGCAUUAGACCAAGUGCCUCCAAACGAUGAUAAAGAACAGAUGGCUCCUACGCAACCUGCCAAACAUCUACUGAAGGUCAAAGGAGGGGCUCUUGAUUGUAAACUGAGGACGCCAUCCCCUAAGCACCACCGCGCUCACACACCCUUAACUAGUACCAUCUCUGGAUCAGAGUCAGAAGGGGAAGAGGAUAGACGAGAGACAUUUGAAAUGUACGUGGCUUGUGCGGAUUGUAGUCCAAACAGUGAAAAUAAGGACAGUUUUGUUCUGAAGGAGGGCCAGUUUGUAGAGGUCCUGGACUCUGUUCACCCUGACAGGUGGCUGGUGAGAACCAAACCCACCAAAACCAACCCUGCUAGACAGGGAUGGGUGUGUCCAGCCUACUUGGAGAAGAAGAGGAAGGAGACCUUCCCGCAACUGAGAGCGCCUCAAGAGGAUCUUGAUGGAAUAGGGUCUACAGGAGAAGAGUAUAGGAGAGCUUUGAGCCAACUGAUCCAGGGCCUGAUUGAUGGAGAGGAGGAGUUUGUAAAGGAGAUGAAGAUGUUCACCUCUCACCAGCUCAAUUAUUUGGACUCUAGCCGCCACGUCCCCAUGAACAUUCUCAACCAGAAAGAGAUCAUUUUCAGAAAUGUCAAGGACAUUGUGUUUCUGCACGAGAGGUCCCUCCUGCCCGGGCUGAGGGAAUGUGCCACAGACGACGACGUGGCCAUGCAUCUGAUCAAGUACGCUGAGGUCUUUGAGAAAUACCUUCACUACAUGGUGGGACAAGCACAAGCAGAGGCCUGCGUCACUGACAUGACUGUCCAACAGUAUUUCAAAGUAUUCACAAAAUCAUUACCGAAAUCUGUGGAGCCUGGCGCACCUGUCAUGGAUGUCCUCACCUUCCUCCAGAGACCAGUGGAAAGGAUUCAGACCUACCAGGCUUUACUAAAGGAGCUGAUCAAGAACAAAGCCAAAAGUGGCCAGAGCUGCUGUCUUUUGGAAGAUACCUUCUCCAUGGUGUCCUGUCUGCCCUGGAGGUCUGACAACCUGCACCAGGUGUCCCUUAUUGAGAACUACCCGGCUCCUCUAAUCGCCCUGGGCGAGCCUGUGAGACAGGGAGUCUUCACAGUGUGGGAGGAAUCUCCAGAAAUUAAGACGGCCUCUAGAGGGCACCAAAGACAAGUCUUUCUCUUCAAGGAAUGCAUUGUACUGUGUAAGCUGAAAAGAGACACCAGUAUGAACAGCGACACCUACACCUUCAAGAACAAAAUGAAGCUGAAUGAUGUGGAAAUAAAGGAGACUGUGGGUGGAGAUGAAAAGUCUUGGGGGUUGUGGCACGAGCACAGGGGUUCAGUGCGGAGGUACACACUGCAGGGCCGCUCCACCCUGGUGAAACUCUCCUGGCUCAAAGACCUGAAGGAGCUACAGCAACGAUCCAGCCUGCCCACUAACAACCCACCAGUGUUUGAGUCACUGUUGUCUGACUGCACAACAAAGAUAGGACAGACAAUCAAACUGACCUGUAAGGUCACAGGAUCGCCAAAACCAGUGGUCAGCUGGCUCAAAGACGGCCUUCUUUUAGAGGACGACCCCCAUCACAUCAUCACAGAGGACCGGUCAGGCAUCUGCAGUCUAAUCCUGGACAGCAUGACUACAGAGGACUCUGGACAGUAUGCUUGCUAUGCUACCAGCUCCAUGGGCAGUGCUGGUACUCUGGCUAAGGUCGUGGUGCGCGCUCCACCCAGAUUUGUGAGUCGGCUGGAGAGUGCUUGUCUGAUAGACGGAGAGGAUAUACAGUUUACUUGCUCCACGCUUACUACUCCUUUACCACGAAUCAGGUGGUUGAAAGAUGGAAGAGAGUUGACUGAGCAGCAAAAAUACUUCAUCCUGAAUGAUGCUCGGAGUGGAAUCUUGUGUUUGACGGUCCUCAGUGCAACAGAGGCCGAUAUUGGGCAGUAUGAGUGUGAGCUUUUGAAUGACUUUGGCUGCAUCAAGUGCAAAGCAGGGCUGUGCCCCGCUUACGUACCAACGAUCGACAUCGAGGACGACCAACCACAGGACUCGCCCCCUAAAGAUGCAGACUCAGAGGGUUGGUCCACUGCCUUUGUGAAGAAAUGGCUCCAGACUGAUUUCAGCCCCACUUCUAUUGCUAAGAUGCUCUUCCCUCCUGGACACCCUGAUCAAGCUGAAUGUAGUGCUGAAGGGGCUGUUCCUGCCUUAACCUCCAUGGAUCAGGUGGUCCAGCAGCCUCUGUGUUACCCCGAGGAGGAAGAGGAGAUCUACAUCUCUGAGCAAAUGCAGGAAAUUACAGAUGCUCCUCCCUCCGUCCAGGUACCCACUGAGGACAUGUGUGUAGAGCCUGGCCAACCGGCCACAUUUACUGCCAUCAUUACAGGAAGGCCUACUCCAACUAUACAGUGGUACAAGGAUGGAGAGGAGCUUGCAGCCAAUGAGAAUGUGGAGAUAUCACAGCAUGGAGCCCGCUGCUCAGUGACCAUAGUGUGCCCUGAGGGUGAGGACAGCGGCAUAUACACCUGCUUUGCCUACAAUGACUCUGGUCAUGCCUCAUGCCAGGCUGAGCUGGCAGUGGAGGAAGGUCCACUGGAGUGUCAGGAGAGAGAGGUGGAGCUGGGGAAGAGAAGGAAGUUAUUCUCCGUCUAUGAUGUCCAUGAGGAAAUUGGAAGGGGAACCUUCGGGGUAGUGAAGCGUGUAGUCCACAGAAGAACAGGGGAGGUGUUUGCUGCCAAGUUCCUGCCUUUGCGGAGCAGCACUCGGACCAGGUCCUUCCAGGAGAGGGACUUGCUCUCCCGUCUGGCUCACCCCAGAGUGGCCUGUCUGCUGGACUUCUUUUGUACCAGACGCACUCUGGUGCUGAUCACAGAAAUCUGCUGUUCUCAUGGACUACUGGAUCAUUUAUUACUGAAAGGAUCAGUUCCAGAGAGAGAGAUCCAGUUAUACAUCCAGCAAAUCCUUGAGGGAGUUGGUCACAUUCACAGCAUGAACAUGAUGCACCUGGACAUUAAACCUGAUAAUAUCCUGAUGGUGUAUCCGCCCAGAGAUGAGAUCAAGAUCUGUGACUUUGGCUUCUGCCAAGAAAUAGACACAUCCAGACACCAAUACAGCAUGUUUGGUACACCAGAGUUUGUUGCUCCGGAGAUUGUUCAUCAAGAACCAGUCACUGUGGCCACUGAUAUUUGGUCUGUAGGUGUUUUAGCCUAUAUAUGUUUGGUGUGCCGAUGCCCUUUCGUGGGUGAGACGGACCGUGCUACACUGCUCCGGGUGGGGGAGGGCACCCUAAACUGGGAUGCCCCUGACGUUACGAACAGGAGCCCUGAAGCCCAGAACUUUCUCCACAUGCUCCUGCAGCCAGAUCCAGAGAAGCGACUCUCUGCCUUUGAGUGCUUGAGCCACGAAUGGCUCCAGGACGAACAUGCAGGUGAAGAUACAGAGGAAAUCAACACAAAGAUUUUGAAAAUCUUCAUCUCAAAAAGGAAAUGGCAGCGUUCUUUGACUUGCAUUGGGUCAGUUCUCACAUUGAGGCUCAUCCCUGAGCUGCUGGACGGUCCUCUCAGAGACACUGCAGUGACAGUGCCCCGCGAACCCCAGGAGCACAGCAGCACCUCCCCGAGCAGUGGCUCUUCUUCGGAGUACGAUGAAGCCGACUCUUUGGACUUUUUCCAGUACUGCAGCCCGACUGAAGAGGAGGAAGACACGGAGGAGGAGUAUGAUCCUUUAAUGGAGAGAGCGCAAAUCCCUGAGACUUUAGCCAAACUCCACCUUGAUGCAGAAGAGGAAAUUACAUUAGAGGAGGAAGAGGAUGGGGAACUGGUAGGAAGGAGGAGUGUACUCGAGCGAAGUAUGAGUAGGCAGUCAGUUGCGUCCAGGGACAGUAGUCAAUCUCUCUACCUAUCAGAUGGGGAGGAGGGUUCAGGGAGUGACGGAGGUCGUAUCCCUCGUGGCAGCGUCAUCCGAAGCACUUUCUACAGCACCUCUCAUCAGCUUUCACCCAUGUCCGCCAGACACAUGACAUUACGGGACAAAUUCCAGGCCAAAAAGCAGGAGAGAGGCCGCAAGCCACUCCGGAGAAGCUUUUCAGGACGUCUCAACGAGCCUCUUAUUGAAUAUGUGGAGGAUGAGACGGAGACCAAUCGUGGCCAGAGACGGGGAUCUGUCCAGCCCACAAUGCAGAAGUCCUGUUCCUUCGACAGUGGUGUUGGCCUCGUCCACACCAAUGUACCCCCUCACAGGAGAAGCAGGUCUCUUGAUGAGUAUUCUCGGCGAUCUCCCAGUUCACCCAAGCGCGCAUUGUCAGGUGAGGAAGAAGGCUCUCAAAGUCUGAAGGAAGAUUUGACAGAUGAUGAAGUGGCCGGGAGAAACUUGUUAGCCAUUCCAAGCCCACGGCGACCCACAAGAAGAAGAGGCUCUGUCGCUCCUAUACAUGGGGCCGGCAUGCCGGGUGGAUCAUCUGUACCCUCAGGCCUCCUUGCUCGAGACAGAAUGAGCCCCAGGCUGGAUCAGGAGCAGGCAGCGAGCGACACCUUCGCUGGCUCACAGGGGUCUCUGGCUGAGUCGUCUAUUUUGGAGCAUGGUGGCUCUGAGUCUUCAAGUAGACUCGGCUCUUAUGAGGAGCUGAGUCAUGCUCAUCUCAGAGGGAGAUCCAGAUCAGGAGAGAGUGAAGGGUAUGAUGAUCGAGGAGAGCCUCGGAUUUCAGCAUCCCCAUGUUCAUUCCAAGAAGUUAAACCUCGGAGCUUGUUGCCACAGGCACCGCCACGUAACCGCACCCGCUCCAACCCCAAUUUAUCCACAAACAGCAGAGGUCAGCCGGGGACACCACUUACAGCGAGCACUAGUCCCAGCCUCUCUUCCCUGCAGGCUCCAGAGAGGCCUCCCAGAGCCAGGGACAAGAAGGAGGGAUGUGGCCUCCAAAGGCAUGGAUCCGCUCCAGCCCUCGAAGCCCGACCACCUACAGGAAAGUCACCCAAGCUGGGACUGAUGAAGAUCUUCCGCAGGCAGUCCUGGACUGGCCAUUCAUACUCCCAGCUGGAUAACAUAGAGUUGGGACCCACAUUAGGAGAGAUCAUGAAGCCAGAUACUCCCACCAUGUCUCUGAGGAAGAAAAUGAGAGCUUCCGCUUCCAGCUUGACAAAGCUGUUUUCCAGGUCAUCCAGUGCGGAGGACGUGAGUAAAGAAGGGCCAAUAGUAAAGGGAUCAGCUCCCAUCCCACCUGAAAGACAGCAUAGAACUGUUCUUGAGAGUUCAAAAAAGAGGACCUCCAAACUAUUGCCUUCUUUUAAAAUACCUGCUUUCAAAAAGUCAAAAGAUCUGCUCGUCCGUCCCAACAAGGCUGAAGUCCUCCAGUUAGAUGGAGGUGGAGUCCUGCUGGUUUGGAAACCAGUCCAGUCCAGUGCCCCCGUCACCUACUGUGUGCAGUACUGUACAGACGGUGCGGAGUGGACGGUCCUGUCGGAGGAGGUGACUGAAAGCUGCUUUGUGGUGAAGGACUUACCCAGAGGAGCCUCUUAUGUGUUCAGGAUGGGUUGCAUCACCAAGACAGGAGCAGGACCUUUCAGCGAACCUUCAGCACCUGUUGUUAUGGCUACUCAUCCUGAAGAAAUUCACAUUCCUCUAAUCCAGACUGAGUCACUGGGGUCAAAGGUCACUGGGUCAGAACGACAGAACUACAAUUUCCUCUCUGAGAUCAACAGAGGUCGUUUCAGCGUAGUCAACCUGUGCAGGGAUGCUGAGACCAGCCAGGUGUUUGUGGCCAAGAUCACCCCUUACCAGGCGGAGCAGAGACAGUUGGUGCUGAGGGAGUACCAGCUGCUGAAGAGGCUUCAUCACCCUCACCUGGUGCAGCUGCACACUGCCUAUUUCACCUCCUGCUACUUGGUGUUGGUGGAGGAGCUCUGUCCCGGCAAGGAGCUGCUCUACAGUCUGGCAUCUAGAGAUCUGUAUGCAGAGACUCACGUCGCAGAGCUGCUGGUUCAGAUCCUGAGUGCAGUCGACUACCUACACAGCCGCCGAGUCGUCCACCUGGACCUGAAGUCUGACAACAUGCUGGUGGAUGACUGUAACCACCUGAAGAUAGUCGACUUGGGCUCGGCUCAGUCAUUCACGCCCGGUCAGCCUCUCAACAUCGAGCACAUCCAUGGCCUAUCGGAGAGCAAAGUUUAUAUUGUCCUUCCUAAAGCUCCGGAGAUCCUCGAAGGUCAAGGUGUUGGGCCUGAAACUGAUGUUUGGGCUAUUGGAGUUCUGUCAUUCAUCAUGUUGAGUGCCGACAGCCCGUUCCAUGCCGAGCACGGCUGGGAGCAAGACAGAAACAUCAAGAAAGGGAAGAUCCAGUUUGGACGCUGCUACCCCGGUUUGUCAGAGGGAGCCUUAAACUUCAUGAAGAGCAGCCUGAAUAACAAAUCCUGGGGGAGACCCACUGCAGCCGAGUGUCUCCAGAACGCGUGGCUGCGCGCCCAUCGCGCCCCACACAAAGGCCGACUGUCCAAAGUGUGUUUCUCCACGGACAAGCUGAAAGAUUACCUCAAGCAGAAGGAGGAGAAACGAGACCAGGUCCGCACCAAGCUUCAAGGCCCCUUUUUCCAGUGA